GAUGAGGAAGAGAUUGCGACUAGCCCUAGUUUUUCUGGGUUCCUCAGUGAUGGCUUCGAUGCCUGUAACUUCAAUCAGGAGGAUCCAAGGAAAGAAAUGGAGCAACUCGUGUUUGACAGAAAGGAAGAGGAGACAGCUAUGCUGGAAGACUCGCGCUGCCUCUGUCUGCCCUUCGGCCUGCGGAAGCCUCAACCCGGGCUUCCAUACUCCCCACCCCCAUCCGGCUCCCUCCCCAUGGGGCCCAACCUCCUCCGGAGGCAGCGCGGGGAAGAGGCGGCGGCGCUGAGGAGACUACUGAGGCCGUACAGGGCGGACGGCGACGCAGCCCAAGGCAGAAGCCAUGGUACGAACAUCCGGUUCCCUUCCCUCCUAGGGGUGGCGACUGUGGGAGCAGGAAAAGAAGUUUUAUUACUGAUGCAAGCCCUAAACACCCUUUCGACUCCCGAGGAGAAGCUGGCAGCUCUCUGUAAGAAGUAUGCUGAUCUUCUGGAGGAGAGCAGGAAUGCUCAGAAGCAGAUGAAGAUUCUGCAGAAGAAACAAGCCCAGAUUGUGAAAGAGAAGGUCCACUUGCAGAGUGAACACAGCAAGGCCAUCUUGGCAAGAAGCAAACUUGAGUCUCUCUGCAGAGAACUUCAGCGUCAUAAUAAGACACUAAAGGAAGAAAAUAUGCAGCAAGCACGAGAGGAAGAAGAACGGCGUAAAGAGGCAACAGCACGGUUCCAAAUGACAUUAAAUGAGAUUCAGGCCCAGCUGGAGCAGCACGAUGUACACAAUGCCAAACUCCGCCAGGAAAACAUUGAACUGGGGGAGAAGCUGAAGAAGCUCAUUGAACAGUACGCGCUGAGGGAAGAGCAUAUUGAUAAAGUGUUCAAGCAUAAGGAACUACAGCAGCAGCUUGUGGAUGCCAAACUUCAGCAGACGACACAGCUCAUAAAAGAAGCUGACGAGAAACAUCAGAGAGAGAGAGAGUUUUUACUAAAAGAAGCAACUGAAUCAAGGCACAAAUAUGAACAAAUGAAACAGCAAGAAGUACAACUAAAACAGCAGCUUUCUCUUUAUAUGGAUAAGUUUGAAGAAUUCCAAACUACCAUGGCAAAAAGCAAUGAACUUUUUACAACCUUCAGGCAGGAAAUGGAAAAGAUGACAAAGAAAAUUAAAAAACUGGAAAAAGAAACAAUAGUGUGGCGGACCAAAUGGGAAAACAAUAAUAAAGCGCUUCUGCAGAUGGCUGAAGAGAAAACUGUGCGUGAUAAAGAGUACAAGGCCUUUCAAAUAAAACUGGAACGGUUAGAGAAGCUGUGCAGAGCUCUCCAGACUGAAAGAAAUGAGCUCAAUGAGAAGGUGGAAGUUCUUAAGGAGCAGGUCUCAGGCCAAGCAGCAGAUGUGGACUUGCUGCUGCUGGCAUCACAGCCCUGCACUGCCCUGGAGUCCCACGAGGAGCCGAACCUACCCUCUGGUGGCGCCUCCAGAGCCCACAUGGUGGCAGGGCCUGAGGCUGCCCAAGAGACCCUGUGCGCCAGCCCAGUUCCAGGCAUCGAUUCGGUUGACUAA